AUGCUCGGUAUGCCUUUCAUUUGGUUGGAAUUCUUCGGCACCGUCCCUCCGCCUUCUGCACUCUCCUCUGCAUUCACGUCCUUUCCCUUCCCUCCUAUGCUAGAUCCCAGUAUUCCAGCUGCUUCGGUUUUUGGAUUGAAAAUCCUUGAAAUCUGUGACCACCACUGGGCACUCCACUUCAAUUCUGCCCCCUUUCUACCUUCUUUGGUUCUUUCCAUUGCUCGCAAAUCAAUCUCUCGCCUCUGUCCUCAGCUCGAGCUUAACUUUGCUGAUUUUCCCCCGCAUAAAAACACACUAACAUUUUAA